AUGGAUGGCGCCCUUCAGGAGGCCAUCAAGAAAGGCAAGGGACUGAAGAGUGAGUGCUGCCCCUGUAUCUGUACGCGUCGCCUUCGGCAUCCACGUCUCUCUCGCCUCGAACAGCUGCAUGCGCUGGUCUGGUCGACUAACCCCCGCUCUUCCUCUUCCUCUUCCUCUUCCUCUUCACACCACGCAGAGGUCCAGACCAAUGAUCGCUCAGGCCCAAGUGUAGGCGCAUCUACGGGAGCGGGCGGUGGCGGUGGCGGUGGCAGUCUAGGCAGGCCACCGGCGCUUGGUAGCGCCCCGCCCGUACCGGGAAGCGCCGGAGCUCCCGCAGGCCCGCCCGGCUUGGGCGGGCUGUUUGCUGGAGGUAUGCCCAAGCUCAAACCUUCGGGCGGUCCAGGUGCACCUCCUCCCACACGUCCUGCUGGUGAGCCUGAGCCUGAGCCUGAGCCUGAGCCUGAGCCUGAGCCUGAGCCUGAGCCUGAGCCUCAGCCUCACAUGGCAGCUCUCCCUCACUCUCAUCCAUCUUCACUGACCUCGCACUCGCCUCACGUGUCUUCACAUCGUCUUUAGUCCCACCUCCUGCACCUCCAGCCAACAGGCCUGCCCCACCAGCAGCAGCCGCAGCUCCAUCCUUUCCCUCUCGCACUCCUCCACGCCCUGGCGGUGCUCCUCCACCUCCCCCUCCUCCUCCACCCACUGCAGCAAAUGCUAGCUCGAGACCAGCACCACCAUCCCUUCCAGGUCGAGCACCGCCUCCGCCAUCUGCCGCUGCGCCUCCACCUCCAGGAAGGCCUGCAGUAGCUGCCCCUUCUGCACCUGCAAGGCUGCCACCGCCGCCCUCACGACCUGCUGCUGCUGCUGCUGCUGCUCCACCGCCUCCUCCACCGCCUCCUGCAGUCGCUGCUGCUCUCUCUACCCCUAGCUUGCCCUCCAGGGGGGUACCACCACCACCUUCUCGACCUGCAGCUGGCGCACCAUCUGCACCACCACCACCACCGCCGCCGCCGCCGCCAGGUUCAAGCAGCGUUCCCAAUAGAUCGGUCCCUCCUCCGCCCGCAAGACCUGCAGCCACACCACCGCGAGCCGUUCCUCCACCCCCAUCUCGACAUACUGCGGCAGCACCGUCAGCGCCUCCUCCUCCUCCUCCUCCACCUGGACGAAGCGCGCCACCACCCGCUCCUCCCUCCAGACCCAGCGCUGGGCACUCUGCGCCUCCGCCCGCCCCACCUGCUGCUCCACCAGGAAGAGUACCUCCUCCACCAAGAGCCCCUCCAGCCCCAAGUAGAGCGCCCGCCGCUCCACCUUCGGCUCCGCCGCCUCCACCUUCUGCUGCUAGUCCAGCGAGCUCGCGCUUGGGAGCUCCGCCGCCUCCUCCGACAUCUGCACCAUCAAGGUCACCAAUCGCAGCCGCUCGAGCAAGCAACGGAGCAGCAGGCCGAGGUGGGUGCUCGAUUUCUCGCGAGACUCCUUGUCGAUUCAUUGCCUUGCUUGCUGACUCGGACCUGCUCGUCGUUCCUUGCUCCCCUCUGCAGCUCCUUCGCCCCCUUUGCAGUCAGGCAACGUCACGUUUCAGCCUUCUUCUUCCUUUCCCCCUCCCCGGGCUUACGAGCCUCCUUCGGGCAAGCGGUACCCCAGCGGCGCGGCCAAGGGCACCACGCACAACUGGUCUGCUGUGCUGGGCUGA